AUGUCACAUUUCGAUGAAUGGCCCUCACGGAGCGGCGUCGACGAGCGCGCGCAGAACGUCAAGGUCGUGGUCGACGACACCUCCCUGGCCACCGUCGUCUCGCGCAUCAAAGCGUGGGAGUUUAUUUUGCUGCGCCCCUUCCUGGCGGUGGCGUCAGUCAUGAUGGUCUGGCUCUUUGUGGGGGCGGUGGUCUUCCUCAACACGCUCCAGGACCCGUGCACGGAGAUUGAGCGCCGCAAUGCCACUCACCUUUGGAACGAGGAGCAGUGCCACAGUGUGACCUAUGCCAUGGCGCUCUACUACUCGGUGCAGUGCGGCUUCUCAGUCGGGUUCGGCCUGCUCGUCGAGGAGGCGAACGGCGCGCGGUGGUACACCAUCUUCCACGGCUUCUGCGGCCUCACCAUCAUGGCGGCCGGCAUGACGCUCUUCCUCUUGCGGCCGGGCGGUCGGCUCGGCAAAUACGUCGCCGGUGAGGACGACGAUGAGGAUGCAGACGGCGACGGCAUCCCCGAUCGCCUGGAAGGGCCGCUGCUCGCGAGGUGGGCGCGCACGUUCUUUCGCCGGCUCAUGCUCGAGAUGCCCUUCGUGCUCCUCGCCCUCACCUUCACAUCGGCCGUCGUCUUUCAGUCCAUAUACCACGGCUGGUCCUUCACCACCUCGUGCUACUUUGCCUUUUUUGCGCUGUCGACGGGCGGGCUGCAGGGCCCGGGGGGUACGAGCGACGCCGAGAUGCUCUUCACUGCCUUCUUCCUGCUCAUCGGCAUCCCGCUCUUCGGGGCCGCCAUGUCGCGAGUGGUCGACUGGCUGCUCGACAAGCAAAAGCACCUGCAGUCGAAGAAGUUCAAGCAGCAGCAGGCGGGCCUCGACGGCGUGACCCGGGACGCGUACGCCAAAGCGGCGGCGUUCGCAGCCAAGGCGGAGGAGGAGGCGGCCGAGGCGGCCGAGGCGCAGAAGGAGCUGGCGAGGGCGGAAGCGGUGGCAGAGGAGGAGGUGGCCGAGGCGGCUGAGGCUGCGGCGCAGGCGAAAGAGGCGUUGCGGCUCGCGCAGGAGCUGGAGCACCGGCGGUCGUGA